AUGAUUGUUUGGGUUCAGCUCCCUGCUCUGAAAAUCCACUUCUAUCACAAGGAGGUAAUUACUAUGCUGGGGAACCUCAUUGGCCGAACAAUUAAGCUGGAUUAUCAUACGUUAACCCAGCAACGAGCUAAGUUCGCUCGGGUAGCGGUCGAAGUUGAUAUCUCCAAAGCUCUGGUUCCCCGAAUUUGGCUGGACGACGAGUGGCAAACGGUUGAAUACGAGAACCUUCCUGAGGUUUGUUUCGACUGUGGGAGGAUCGGACACAAUAAGGGAACAUGCCCUCAGAACAAAACUCAAGAAACACCAUCUCAAGGUAACGUCGCCGGAGGUUCGCCGCCGGGCAGUCAGACACAAACAACAGAAGAGUCCAAUCCGGGCUUUGGACCGUGGAUGCUGGUAUCAAGGAAAUCACGGCGGAAAUCGGGGGAUGGGCACAGGAAAGGAAAGGAGGAACAUGAUACAGGGAAUCAAAUAAUAAUUGCCAAGAAUAGGAACCACGAAGCCGUCGGCAAGGAGGUAACUCAGCCGCCAUCUCCGUCAACAACCCCAAACGGCCCUCAACCCCAACGGGAAUCAACACAAGAAAGGAAAGUGGUUUUUGGGAAUAAAAGUGGAGCGGACAUGCAUAAAGGGAAAGGGAAAGCGAGCAAGGAGAGUACAGGGAAAGGGAAGGGCCUCCUUGGGCCUGGGCGCAAAGCAGGGGAUACAGUCAAAGGGCAAAUGCCAAUGCCUUUGAGUGGGGCCUCAUCUUCAAGCAGUCGGCCGGAUCCUGCCUCCUGUCAGCCACUUGGCCAAAAAAAUUCGGACUUGACGGUUGGGCCUGCUCCUCUUAGCGUGGUCAACGACAUGCCCGAGCCCCCUUCUUUCAAGACUAUUAUGGGCCCUAAUGGAACUUUGAUGCAGAUAAUUGAGAGCCCACAUUCAGCAAGAGACAUCGGUGACACAAUCCCAUCUCUGACUGCAAGAACGAAACGCAGCAAGGGGAAGAAAGUGCAAGGAAAGAAAUCGCCGUCCAAAUUGAAUCCGAUGAAGCCGCUCCAAAUUUGGUCUCCGAUCAAGGAUAGGAAACCCAAAUCCAAGUCGCGCAUGGCGUCGCUGACCUUGCAGGAGAUUAGCGCUUGGACGGAGGCGGCGAAAAGACCGGCGAACGACGGUGGGGAGAAGGAGAAGACUGGGUCGGAGGGACAUAUACAGGUUGAGGUUGAGAGCGAUGAAGCUCGCACUUAA